GGGGGGAGCCCGGAGGGGUGCUCUAGGGGAAAGCGUGAGCGCCGCUGCUUUGGCAGUCACCACAAUCGGAGAUCAGGAGCGGCCAUCCUCCAUCUUCUUUGGGUCUUUAGUUUUUCACCUCUCAGAAAGCCAUGGGAACUCAAAACUGAAGACAGAGUUCAACCAAAACAAUGUCAUCUCAGCGGGAUUCCCUGCUCACCUGCCACGGGAGGGGCCUAUUUCAGAUCUGCUGAACAGAGAGGAAAGCAAGACUCCUAGGGUACUGCGACCAAGCGAGUGCUCAACAUCAGCGACACUCAACAGCAGCGAUCUAAACGCUGCGCCAGUGAAAUCGACAAUCAACACCUGCGAUUCAGAGGCUACAAUAGAAAAAAUUGGUCCCUAUUUUGGUCCAAACGAGUUCGACGGAAUGCCAGUGAACAACCGGUCAAAGGUUUUCACUCUUCUGGUACAACAGUACAGCAGCCAACAAAUAAUCGAAUCCCAUAUGUUCAACAAUCCAGCAUUAGGCAGAGACCAUCCAAGAAGGUUGACAAGCAAUGGGGAAAUAGGUAUCAAUGUAUUCCAUUUACAGGGGCAUCGAAUGGUUUUGAACUUAUCAUUGAGAGCAAAUCAUUUUGUUUCUGUUGGUGAAAUUGCCCGGAUAGACCUGCAAAAAGGGCGUUUAGAAAAUAAUAUAGCUUGAGUCGUGUAAACGUUGUCCUCGAGAAAGUAUUUUCGACUAGUGAAAACGUUUCCCCAAGAUAAAACGAGCUCUUCAGCGUAGACCGGUAACAGAACAUCGAGAAUAGAAAAUUAUUAAUCCAGCAGAGUAAAAAUAAUGGGGAUCUUGUAGCUCAAAAAUUAUUCUACUCACACAUGUAAACACAUAUGUUU